AUUAGCACCGAGUCAAGGGUGAGGUGUGCUAAACAGAUCUAUAGAUCAGUUUGAAUUGCUUAAUUUUUAUGGUGUAAUUUUACAACCUUGUAGGACCUGAGGUGUGUUCUUUGCGCAAGGGCACAAGAAAAUUAGCCAUGUAGGGAGCGGCAAGCACCGACCAAGGUUCUCCCCUUUUGUUUUUUUAUCCCCUCAUCGGGAAUUUGAAUCAGUUGUGUUCUUGUUCCAUCACAACUGGCGCACCAAUAGCAUGUUGUAAAUCAUUUAGCUAUAAACAACCACAAAGGCUGAGGUGGUGAGAUCACACCGGCAGUCAGGGAACACACGUGGCAUCAUCGGAGCGUUUCUGAUAUGCCUCUGAUCACAAAUAGAUCCCCCUGUGCCAAAAGUGUGCCCCGUUGUUAGCGGGGCAACUGGACCCGACUGUAGCCCGCAACUGGAAAUUUCUCAGUGAUGCCAAACAUAGUGACAGUCGGCACCAGGUGGACAGGCCCAGAAUAGCUCGAACAUGAGCUGAUGCGAAUGCUUAGGAGCGGCGUUGCACCACUUCAGUGUCUGGUUGCUAUAAAAUCGAGUGCGUCAAGCUUCAGCCUUACGGGAACAGAGAUUACUCAUGGUUACAUGGAUUUGGCGCUCUAUAAGUUAGAUGAGUGUGCAUAGGCAACCGUAGAAGACGCAGACCAUUAAGGCAACCUGGGAAGCAGUUCCGCAGAUUCUGCAGUUCAUUUGAACCGUUCAAAAUAUUAUUUUGAAGUUGUGAACAACAUGGGACAGCACAGCUCCAAAUCCUCCAUUGAAGCCCGGGUGAUCUUCCAGCGCUUCGGCGGGGUGGAAAUGUGUCAGAAAACGGAUUCGUGCUCUACUCCAGCCUCCGUUGUCCACAUUCAGAAGAAGGUUGCUACUCAGGCGGCAUGUCCUCACUCAUCCGCUCGGACAACCGAGAAGUCAACGUCCCACUCCUGGCACCAUGGUCGCUGUGACGCAGGGGGACUGGUUUACGUGAUGGAUAACCCAACCGGGGGAGUGUGGGUGAAGCCCGAAGAGAAAUGGACCAGGUCUUGAUGCAGUUGAUGAUGAUGAAAAUCUUCAGGUAUAAAUUAAACGACUCGGUCUCUGGAACCGACCAGGAGUCUUGUGACCGGAUGCCUUCUGUGCUAUUCACCUUUGGCAGCUUCAGAGCAGCAGAUGGAGCUGAUUUGGGUUCCUGGGCUGAGGUGAAGUUCCAUGACGCACCCACACAGCAACUUGUGGAGUUGAGGUGGAUUUCAAUGAUCCGGAGGAGACGUUGGACUGAUCACCGAAAUCAUUUUGUUUUCCAUUUGAGACAUUCAAGUUCAUUAAGUCUUAAACUGAGAGGAAGAUGGCGAUAAGAUGUGAAGAGCCGUGCGCUUUGAGCCAGUGUGUGAUCUUUGGAUCCGUUAUUUCCAGAAUGACUGUGUCCGAGUGAGAAGCACAAAAAGAUUUAUUUAUUGGUUGUUUUUGUGAAAUAGAUCACAUAAAAGAUGGGAGAUUGGAUUAAGUCGGUACUUCGUGGAUGUAAACUGUAAACACAGUGCACUUUGGUCGACUAACCAUUUAUUUUUCCUUUGCUUUUAUCUAAUAUUUUUCUUAUUUAAGAACCCAUUGUAUUAAUAUAUGUGUACCACCAAUGCCUAAGUAUUGUAAGAAUGUUUUUUUAUUUAUUAUAAUGAUGGAAGUUUGAACGUGACGGACUGAGGGUCAGUCUUUUUAGACCCAUUUUUAGGGCUGGAAAUGAAUGUCUCCAUUGUGGGAGGACUCCUUUUGUUUUGAAGAAGGACCGAAGAAGAAGAUGGUGGCAACAUCCGCCUGACAAUAGUUGAAGAAAAAGGACGGUUUAUUUAUUAAUCACUGUGUGCGACUUGCACGCAAUUUCGUCAUUGAUUAAAAAUCAUAAUAGAAUAAAAACGCUGUCAUCUGGUUAUGCUUUCAGUGUGUUUUGUGAGUCAGAGAUACAACUUACAAUGUGGGUCAAUAUAAAGGGAGCGCACGGCAUAAAGCGUGGACGAAUGAAUGAUUUCAUUGAGGCAAUAAAAGUGUGUCACUCUGUUUCCAGAGAUAUGUUCAUGUACAAACUUUGUCCCCUGGUGCGGCACCUUAUCGUGGGUCAUAGCCAGCAGUAAGCAAAUGGCUUAUCUAUUUAACUCCAGGCAACGCACUAAGCAAACACGGUAUUAAAGGGAACUGUGUGGAAGAUAUAACUGUCCCAUUUGAGCUCACUGCCUCUUUCUAUCCGCGUCGACAUGGGCCUGGGUGCAUCCAAACGACCAGAGGUGCAAGUGCUUCUUCUGGGUCUAGACAACGCUGGAAAAUCCACUCUCCUCUACAAACUGAAACACAACACGCGUGUCGGCACGGUUCCCACCAUCGGCUUCAACGUGGAAAUGUUCGAGGCGAGGAAGAACGGGAAGACCAUCGCCUUGACCCUGUGGGAUAUCGGUGGUCAGGGGAGGAUGCGCCAACACUGGGAGGAUUUCCACCAGAAUGCGUCGGCCAUCGUGUUCGUCGUGGACAGCUCUGACCGGGGCCGUCUGAACGAGGCGCAGAGGGAGCUAGAAAACACACUGAGGGGUGAGCACCUGAAAGGCCGGCCGCUGAUCCUUCUCGCCAACAAGCAGGAUGUGGACAACGCGGUGACUGUCACCGAACUAAAGGACAGAUUCAACCUGAAGAAGACCUGCUCGGGCCGGGACUGGUUCGUCCAGCCUUGCUCCGCGACGACGGGGUUUGGAGUGGAAGAUGCCUUCAGACAAGUGGUGCAAAUGGUCAAACUCCCUUCGGACUCUGGUGCGGUUAAAGAAAAUAUCAAGGACACAGUGCAUUACAUCAGAACCACCAGACAUUAACCUUUGUGUGAAUAGUGUUUUAGUCUGUCCUUAAAUCUAUAUUAUCCAAUAACUGUACGAGCAUUAGUCCAGUGGCUCCAAGUUUUCAGAAUCAUGUAAGCUGUAAGAACUCUGCACAUAUGCACGCAUACUACUGUGCAUUGAACGGCCUGUCAAUAAUUACCCUAUUUGCCUAUACACACAAUAUCUUCUUUCAGUUAUCAAACAGAACUCCAUUAUCUUACAGUCAUGGGCAUGUGCAAUAAACCCUUGGGUUCCUGAAAGAAUGCAGCAUCACUGAUAACGGCAUUAUAUCAAAAAAUAUAUGCAAAUGCUUGUCUGGA